UCGAGGCUUCGCGAGGAUGUCGUGCACGUGGGAGGACCUCGCCAUAGACGACGGCCCCCAGGCGCCGGUCGACCUCGUGGGCAUGCUCCUCGAGUGCGUGAGGGCCGACUGUCUCGACCACGCGUUCCUCGCGCGGCUGCCAGAGGGGCUGCUGCUCGCGGCGCUGCGCGCGUGGCAGGAGGGCCCCGCCGGCGAGGCGGCGGCCGCCGCCGCGGGCGCGCAGGGCGAGAGGGAGGACCGGGGGCGGGAGCUGCGGGAGGCGACGUCGCGGCUGCAGGGCUUCAAGCGGGGCCUGGACAGCGCAGGCCUGCUGGACCCGCCGCCGCAGAAGCACGCGAUGGUGUGGCACACGCAGCGGGUGAUCUCAGGC